AUGGCUUCGGGGCCGCCUUUCCUCACAGAAGCACGCGUGGGCAAGCCAAGCAGUGAGCGUGCGUUGCAGGGCUUGGGGGACGCUCGAUCUCAGCCCGACUCAAUCGACUCGAGCGCCGGGUGGGGACGCAAAAGACUUGCCGACAAUUCCGGCCACGCUUGGCGGCGCGUUGCUGCUCGCAAGGCGGGCCUGUGCCUGGGCCUGUGCCUUUGCUCCGGCGCUGUGCCUCGAUGCAGGGUCCAAGAAAAGUCGCACAGAUUCGUGCGCCCACACAGCGCCGGUCUAACAAAGUCCACUCGAGCGCCUCCACACGGCCGCCACCAACCAACCAAGCGCAGACUGGUUCCGCUUCCACCAUCAUCCUCUCCUGCCAACACGCACUGGAGGCGCAUCAUGGCGACACGCAUCAUCGCCACGGGCGGUCAUUCGGGUCUUGGAUUCGAGGCGCUCAAGACGCUGCUCGCGUCGCCCGCCCUGCGCACGCCGUGCAGUCUCACGCUGUUGGUGCGCGAUCCCACCGCCAGCCGCGUCGUCCAGGCGCGCGAUCGACUCGUCGCACAGUACCGCACCGCCAGCCGCACAUCGUCCACACUGGAUCUGCACAUCGAGCCUCUGGAUCUGGCUUCGCUCUCGUCCGUUCGACAAGCAGCGUCGGCACUGCAGCACCAGCUCGCCGACUCGGCGCAGGGAACCGAUAUCCUGCUCCUCAAUGCCGCCGUUGCAAAGUCGAGCCGCGAAACCGUCGUGGACACAGACAAAGUUUCCGGUGCUGUACAUUAUCCGAGUGACAGGAUGGAGGAUGCGAAUGGGAGGGUGGAGGAGACGGCUUGCGUGAAUCAUGUUGCGCAUCUCGUGUUGGUUUCGAUGCUCGCACCGACCAUAGCAAAGAAUGCCCAAAACGGUCGACAUACACGCAUCGUGUUUACCGGCAGCGCACUGCAUCGCAGCCUCAAGGACAUCACCGAUCUGGAUAGCUUCUUUGCAGCAUCAACAGAGGAUGAGACCAAGGCUUGGACGUUGCGCGAGACGUAUGCGGCGUCAAAGUUCCUUCAGAUGCUCGGCGUGCGUGCGCUCCGACGCAGGCUCGAGGAGGAUUUCGAGAAGCAAGACGUGCCAAGAGGAAGGGUGGAGGUGGUGGUGGUGCAGCCGGGCUUUGUACCACAGACGCAGCUGUGUCGCGAGUCCGGUCUCAUGACGAGGCUCGCAAUGUCGUACAUCCUCCCCUGGGCCCCCUUUACCACGCGUCUCGAGGAUGCAGGAACGUACAUCGCCAACGCGUGUACCAUCGACCUACCGCCGUCACAGACUGAACAGCAGGAUGGGUUUCACUCGACAGAGGCGGUGGUGCAGUCGGCAUUGUUGGAGGUCCAUGCCAAGAGUCAGCGCUUUGGCACGCUCGAUGCGCGCACAGCAGACGUGCAGCUGCAGGACAAGUGGUGGCCAGCCGCAUGCGAUGCAUCCUGGAAUAAUAGCUGA